UUCCGGCCUCUGCGCCCUCCUGGGAGGAGGCGGGGCCGAGGGCGGGGCGAGAGAGGCGCAGGGAAGCUUGGGCGCGCCGCCAGCGCCAAAGCGCGUGACGUUCUUCCUGUGCGCCGCCUAGCGUCUGAGUCGCGCCGGUUCUUGAGCAUCAGAGCCGUGAAGGUGACAGCGGGAGGUGACCGGGCUGGCCCCCGCGAUGCUGGCGGCACGACGGCUGCUCGGCGGGUCGCUCCCCGCGCGGGUGUCUGUGCGUUUCAGCAGCGACACGACAGCACCCAAGAAAACCUCAUUUGGCUCGCUGAAGGAUGAAGACCGCAUCUUCACCAACCUGUAUGGCCGCCAUGACUGGAGGCUGAAAGGUGCCCAGAGCCGAGGUGACUGGUACAAGACAAAGGAGAUCCUGUUGAAGGGGCCUGACUGGAUCCUGGGUGAGGUCAAGACGUCGGGCCUGCGGGGCCGUGGAGGCGCUGGCUUCCCCACUGGCCUCAAGUGGAGCUUCAUGAAUAAGCCCUCCGAUGGCAGGCCCAAGUAUCUGGUGGUGAACGCGGAUGAGGGGGAGCCGGGCACCUGCAAGGACCGGGAGAUCAUGCGCCACGAUCCCCACAAGCUGGUGGAAGGCUGCCUGGUUGGGGGUCGGGCCAUGGGCGCCCGUGCCGCCUACAUCUACAUCCGCGGGGAGUUCUACAAUGAGGCCUCCAAUCUGCAGGUGGCCAUCCGAGAGGCUUACGAGGCUGGUCUCAUUGGCAAGAACGCCUGCGGCUCCGGCUAUGAUUUUGAUGUGUUCGUGGUGCGCGGGGCCGGGGCCUACAUCUGCGGAGAGGAGACGGCGCUCAUCGAGUCCAUUGAGGGCAAGCAGGGCAAGCCCCGCCUGAAGCCACCCUUCCCUGCAGACGUGGGAGUGUUUGGCUGCCCCACAACUGUGGCCAAUGUGGAGACAGUGGCUGUGUCCCCCACCAUUUGCCGCCGCGGGGGUGCCUGGUUUGCCAGCUUUGGCCGCGAGCGCAACUCGGGCACCAAACUGUUCAACAUCUCUGGCCACGUCAACCACCCUUGCACUGUGGAGGAGGAGAUGUCUGUGCCGCUGAAGGAACUGAUUGAAAAGCAUGCCGGAGGUGUCACCGGUGGCUGGGACAACCUCCUUGCUGUGAUCCCUGGCGGCUCGUCCACCCCACUGAUCCCCAAGUCCGUGUGUGAGACAGUGCUGAUGGAUUUCGAUGCGCUGGUGCAGGCACAGAGCGGCCUCGGCACGGCUGCCGUGAUCGUCAUGGACCGCUCGACAGAUAUUGUGAAAGCCAUCGCCCGCCUCAUUGAGUUCUACAAGCACGAGAGCUGUGGCCAGUGCACCCCAUGCCGCGAGGGUGUGGACUGGAUGAACAAGGUGAUGGCCCGCUUUGUGAGGGGGGACGCCCGGCCAGCCGAGAUCGACUCCCUCUGGGAGAUCAGCAAGCAGAUAGAGGGCCACACCAUUUGUGCCCUGGGCGACGGGGCCGCCUGGCCCGUGCAGGGCCUGAUCCGUCACUUCCGGCCGGAACUCGAGGAGCGGAUGCAUCGGUUUGCCCAGCAGCACCAGGCCAGGCAAGCUGCCUCUUGAGCCCGCCACCCUGGGCUGGCAUCUGUCUGUCCAAGAGUUGGACAAUAAAGCAAAUGCUGCCUGCUCUUCCA